CUCUUAAUUACCCUCUUUCUGUAAUACUCAUUAUUUUGUGUCCAUUCUCUUCUUAUAUUCAGCUUAAUCAUAUUUUUUCAGCUAUAGUAUAUUAAUUACCCUCUUUCUGUAAUACUCAGUAUUUUUUGUGUCCAUUCUCUUCUUAUAUUCAGCUUAAUCAUAUUUUUUCAGCUAUAGUAUAUAAUACAUUCUUGGUUCUUGUUGCAUUUUGAAGAAAGAAUGAAGGGAAGUAUAAAGAACAACCCUCUGCAGCUAAAAUCAUUAAAUCAUAUUUCCGUUGUGUGUAGAUCACUUAAGAAAUCUAUCGACUUCUACCAAGAUGUUCUUGGGUUCUUUCCUGUCAGAAGGCCUGGCUCAUUUGACUUUGAUGGUGCCUGGUUGUUCAAUUACGGCAUUGGAAUACACCUUCUGCAAUCUGAAGAUCCUGAGAACAUGCCCAAGAUUAACCAGAUUAAUCCCAAGGACAAUCACAUCUCUUUCCAGUGUGAGAGCAUGGCAACGGUGGAGAAAAGAUUGCAAGAGAUGAAGGUGGAGUACGUAAAGGGAAGAGUAGAGGAAGGCGGAAUUUAUGUUGAUCAAUUGUUUUUUCACGACCCAGAUGGAUCAAUGAUCGAAAUUUGCAACUGUGAUGUUCUUCCAGUGAUUCCACUAGGUGGUGACAAUAACAAUAAUGUCAUGGUUCGAUCAUGUUCACUUCUAAAUUGCAAUAUUCAGCAGCAGCAGCAGAUGCAACAAGCUGUGCAUAUGCAGGCUUCUAUGCCUAACGUUGGGGCAUAUGGUUAUCCUACAUUGGACAUAUAAAAGUAUCUAUAAUGUACGGGCAAACCUGUUAACUUGAUGUUAAUAUAGUUAUGCCCAAAUAUGAUUACUCUUAAUUGUUAACCAUUCACACUCUUUUAAUUUAGUAUUACUGUUUUUGAGUUCUAUAUAAUAAUACUAGUAAUUUCUCUUUUCGCUUUCA